AAAGACGUCACCCUCUGCUUGGACUGUCUGAGCCAGCUAAGUGCGCAGCUUUUAACUGUACAACUACAAUCUCAGCAUGCGGACGGAUAACCUAGGAAUCUUUGGAUCUCUUUGGCUAGUGACUACAUAUGCGUGGACCUUAUUUAAUACGUCGAGUCUGUAGCGAAGAUAGCGUUAUCUUAUUAUAGUGGAUGUGAAACGGCGAGUUCUGAUCAACGCGUCACUGACGGGCUCUAUCACUACAAAUAGGAGGCAGGACACGAGGAUUCUCGAAGGAUCAUGGAAGAUGGUCUGGAGGCCUUGGCCUCCCCCCCAGCCCUGGCCCCAACCCCCGACCCAGCAUGGGUCCCAGCCUCUGCCCCAGUCUCUGCCCUAGCCUCUGCCCCGGCCCAGGCCUCAUCACUGGCACCAGCCUCAUCUCCAGCUCCAGCCCCAGCCCUAGCUCCAGGCCCAGCCUCAAACCAGGAGCCUCACUCUGCCCCAAACAGCCCUUCUAGCAGCCUGGGAGAGUGGAGGAAGAGGGUGAAGUCUGAGUACAUGCGCCUUCGUCAGCUGAAACGACUUAAGAAAGCAGAAGAGGUCAAGGCCCUGUUCAUGUCCAACCGGCAGAAGAUUGAGGAACAGACAAACUUACUGAAUACAGAGUGGUCCAAGCUUAGGGUCCAGUCCAUUCCCCUGUCAACCUCUGGUGGAGCUCAGCCCAGCAAGAAGAUGUGCAUGGUGGAGUUCGGCUUCCCAGCGUUCAAAGCCCAGGCGGUUGCCAUGCGACCCCUGACGACGGUGACAGGAAUCCCCUUCAUGUAUUCCUGGUCUCCUCUGCAGCACAACUUCAUGGUGGAGGAUGAGACAUUCCUACACAACAUCCCCUACAUGGGUGACGAGGUCCUGGAGCAGGAUGAGGCCUUCCUGGAGGAGCUCAUUGACAACUAUGACGGCGUCCACGGAGACAGACAGGGGGGGUUUAUCAACGAUGAGAUCUUUAAAGAGCUGGUGGAGGCCCUCAGCCAAUACUCGGACCAGGAGGAGGACAACGAGGAGGGCGGAGAGGAGAGGGGGAGGAGAGAGGAGGAGAGGGGGAAGAAAGAGGAGGAGAGGGGGAAGAAAGAGGAGGAGAGAGGGAAGAAAGAGGAGGAGAGAGGGCUGAGGAGGGGGACAACAGAAGGGUCAGAGGAACCAAAGGCAGCCGUGGCCUUCUUCAGGAGGAAGAGGAGGAGCUUGACUGAGGUGCCGCAUGACCUCUGGAACUGGCCAAUAUGGGAAUUGGCGGUGUUUGGAGAGGUUGUCUCUGAGCCAGUGCCGAAGAGAGAAACAAUGAAAGAUUUGUCCACCAGUAAGAAGAUCCCAAACGAUAAGAUAUUCACAGCCAUCGCCUCAAUGUUUCCCUACAAGGGCACUAUGGAGGAGCUCAAAGAAAAGUACAAGGACCUGUUGGAGCCCCCCAGCCCGGUCAAGCUGCCCCCCCUCUGCACCCCUAACAUGGAUGGGCCCUUUGCCAAGUCUGUACAGAGAGAGCAGUCCCUUCACUCCUUCCACACACUCUUCUGCAGGCGCUGCUUCAAAUACGACUGCUUCCUGCACCCAUUCCAUGCCACACCUAAUGUUUACAAGAGGAAAAGCAAGGAGAUUCGCAUCGAGACCGAGCCUUGUGGCGUGGACUGCUUUCAGCUACAGAAAGGGGCCAAAGAGUUUGCAGAUCAGCACAUGCUGCGUUCCCAGAGGUCUCGGCGGCGGGGGAGACAGAACCGCCUCGCCAGCGCCAGUUGUGCUGGCCCCUCUGCCGCUGCUGAGGAGGGCAAGGAUGGCGACAGUGACCACGAGACAACCAGUUCCUCAGGUUCUGUGUGUGCACGUGUGUGUGUUUAUGGGGUUGUGCGUGUGUGUGCGUACGUGUGGUUGCACUUGUGUGUUUGUUCUCCAGAGGGAAACUCUCGUUGUCAGACCCCUACUAAGAUGCGUGGUCCGGGGGAGGAGGAGGCUGGACAGGCUGGAGGGCCGGGCCAGUGGGGCGGUGCGGAGGAGUCUCUUUUCAGAGUGCUCCAUGGCACUUACUACAACAACUUCUGCUCAAUCGCACGCCUCAUCGGCACCAAGACCUGCAAGCAGGUGUAUGAGUUUGCAAUGAAGGAGGUUCUGAUCCACCGUGUUCCCUUGGACGAUGGUGGCAUCUCCCCUCAGAAGAAGAAGAGGAAACACAGAUUAUGGGCAAAGAUCCAGCUCAAGAAAGACAGCUCCUCCAACACAGUGUACAACUACCAACCGUGUGACCACCCAGACCACCCAUGUGACAGCUCCUGUCCCUGUGUGAUGACCCAGAACUUCUGUGAAAAGUUCUGCCAGUGCGAGCAGGAGUGCCAGAACCGGUUUCCAGGCUGCCGGUGCAAGACCCAGUGCAACACCAAGCAGUGCCCUUGCUACCUGGCUGUUAGAGAGUGUGACCCGGACCUGUGCAUGACCUGCGGGGCUGCAGACCACUGGGACAGCAAGGUGGUCUCCUGCAAGAACUGCAGCAUCCAGAGAGGCCUCAAGAAGCACCUCCUACUGGCGCCGUCGGAUGUUGCAGGCUGGGGUACCUUCAUCAAAGAGUCCGUUCAGAAGAACGAGUUCAUCUCAGAAUAUUGCGGAGAGCUGAUCUCCCAGGACGAAGCAGAUCGGCGGGGCAGGAUCUACGACAAAUACAUGUCCAGCUUCCUCUUCAACCUCAACAAUGACUUUGUUGUAGACGCCACGAGGAAGGGGAACAAAAUACGCUUUGCCAAUCACUCUGUCAAUCCAAACUGCUACGCCAAGGUUGUCAUGGUGAAUGGAGACCACCGCAUUGGGAUCUUUGCCAAACGGGCUAUCCUGCAGGGAGAGGAGCUCUUCUUUGACUACAGAUACAGCCAAGCCGACGCCCUAAAAUAUGUCGGCAUUGAGAGGGACAUAGACGUGACCUAGCCGCAUGUGCAGGACGCCCCUCUCAGACACCUGCUCCGUCCUUCCCACAAUGCCCGGCUCUGGUGAGAAGGACGGUGAGCUACAGAAAGGAAGAAGGAAGGGGAGGACAUAGCAACACUUGUUACAAACGGCUCUCCAGGGACGUGACACUACGCCCUCAUCAGCUAAGGUCAUGCUUACCUGCCCGUCCUAAAUCACUGACAUCACUUCCCCUCCUCACAUUCGUCGCCCAUCGCUGGAUACCCCCACCUCACAAAAUCUCUGCACCUACAAGCUAGGAAACUAAACAAGCUAUUAGGAUGGCGCCAGUACCUUCUAUAUAUUCUGUGUAAGGCUUAUAGUGCACAAAGAGCAUCUUGCCAGUCUUGUUGUUUCUAUCUAGUGCAUACAAAGAAAUAAUGGUAAACCUACUAUGCAUUUCCGUGCUCUCUUUCUGUGGUUCAGUUACUGUACUUGUAUCUGGGCUUGUGUUCGACCUCUCUACAAGCAGUGCUAGCUUUCAUAGUGUAUCUAAUGACGAUUUAAUACAGUGCAUGUGCUUCUCUCCGACAGACAAGCUAUAAGCACAUUAGCAGGAGCAUCAGCUUUGCAUCGAAAUGAAGAUCUGUGGAGUUUGUUAGUGUCCCGUAAUGUUACCCUAGCUGUUACUCCUCAUUGUAGUCAGUCUGGAUGUGCUGGUUGCGGAGGUAUGGGUAUGGAUAUGCCUGCUGUGUGCUGAGCUCUGCGUGAUCUCUCUCUGUGGCUAGCAUCUACACCACUUCUUCAUUGUUAGUGAAAUAAUAACCUUGCAUUUAUAUAUCAAUGUUCUGCAGACAUAGGCAACCGUACAAGUAACCGACUGACUGAAUGUGAACUCUGGUGGUGAAGGAGGGACACUUCUCCCCUUUUGCAGCUCCACAUCAGGCCUACCUUGGCCACUGGUACUUCAGGCAAUGCUCCUGUUCUUACAAAAAGCACCAUUGAGUUUACAUGUCAGAUUUUCUGGCGACUUUCACAACAACACACCAAUAGUCUUCCCUGAAAGAAAAGCUCUAAGUGCCAAAUGAAUCCCAACAGAAAGCAAUGGGCUGUCUUAUGUACAGCAAUGUAUAGUGGAUAGAACUACGUUAAAGGUACUGUUACAGGUGCUUGAGGUUAACGUCAUGGGAAAAGCAAAAAAUAUAUAUUUGACCAAAUGGCAAGUGCCCCACCUGGAUGUUGUGUAAACCCAUCUAUGUAAUUUCUUUAUUUUCCUGACAAAAAUAAAUCCAGGGUUGAUAUUGCCCCAGCUUUUAUCCUAAUUUUAUCCUAAUAAUUAAAGCCCCCUUUGACAUGAGCUUUCUGACUGGAGAUAAAUUUGACUGAAGCAUUAUGUGAAAAUGUAUGCCUAUGAAAAUAAAACUUUAACUUUAUACAUGAUAA